AUGCAGAGCUCCUCCCCAGACGACCCAGCGCUAUCGCUGUUGACCCCCAUAGGUGCUUCCUACUACAUGCGUGCAAAGGCGUUGAGCCCUGAGCAUUACCAGGAGCUUAUGGACCGGGGUUGGAGGCGAUCAGGAACAUUGCUCUACCUGCCUGACGUAUCCCGGUCUUGCUGUCCACACUACACCAUCAGGUUGCCGGCUGCAGAGUUCAAGCCUAGUCGUGAUCAACGGCAGGCGUUGAAUAGGUGGAAUCGAUAUGUCCUUGGUGAGAAGUAUGUCAAGGAAGUAGAGAAGAAGUUUCCCAAGACGAAAGAGGAGAAGAAGCGUCUGAACAAUUCGUUCGAUCUGCUGUCCACUAUCAAUGAGAGCGAAGAGACCAACCUGAAGCCAGGAAUCACCCCUGAGCACACUCUGUCCGUGACUAUCGAACCGGAUCGAUUCACCGAAGAGAAGUUUGCACUAUUCGACAACUAUCAACGUCAUGUCCACCAUGAAGGUGACGGCGACGUCAGUCGCCCUGGAUUCAAACGCUUCCUCUGCGGGUCACCCCUAUCAAGACGAACGGACUCCAAUGGCAAACGACUUGGAAGCUACCACCAAUGCUACCGAGUCAACGGUCGCCUCAUCGCAAUGGCCGUAUUGGAUCUCCUGCCCCACGCUGUCAGCGGCGUAUACUUCAUCUAUCACAGCGAUUUCGAGAAGUGCUCGUUCGGCAAGCUUUCCGCUCUGCGUGAAGCUGCACUCGCCCACGAACAAGGGUACCAAUACUACUACAUGGGCUACUACAUCCACAGCUGCAAGAAGAUGCGGUACAAGGGCGACUACAAGCAGCAGUAUGUACUCGACUAUGACAGCCUUUCAUGGGAUCCUUUGGACGACGAAAUGAGGACCUUGAUGGAUACUCGAAAGUACGCUAGCAUGUCCAAGGAGCGGAAACGACAGUCGCUUCAGAAGGCUGUCGAAGCUGCUGAGAGCGAACAUGACUCCGAGCAUGCUGGCGUUCAAAAGGCCAAGUCAGUCUUGAAGGCUUUCGAUGAAGCACAGAAACCUCUCUACCCGUCCUCCCUCGACGCCAUGAAAUCCGGCCUAUCACUCCUCCAGCUAGGCAUGCCAGGGACGCUAUCCCUUGACGAGAUCCACGAGCACGUCGAUCUAGAUAGUAUGCGAGUCCGCAUCGGCGGCGGGCACAUCACUGAGAUGCGCAACAUCGCCACCUGGACCUCCGGCUCCGAACUCGACGCCCGAUCACUCAAGGGCAUCUUUGCAGAAUUCGCCGCCGCCGUUGGUCCCAUCGUCGCAAAGGACGGCAUCCUCGAUUUUAGCUAA